AUGGAUAUGGAGCUAGAUGUUGUGAGCACGGAGGAGUGGGCCAAGACCUUGUUGCAUCUGUGUUUCUGUAUGGUCUUGGGAUGGACGAACAGCAUCAUGAUGUUCAGGUUCCGCAUCUUUGCAACGAUGAUGGUAGGCAACACCAUUCUUAUGGGAGUGUCCUUGGCAUGCCAGGAAGGCUUGGUGGUGACGCCUGAUGAGAUCAAGCUUUGUCCUGCUGAGUUUCCGCCUCGGUACUACGCUGAACUCAUCCUUCUUUUUGUUUGCGGUGCGUUCUUUCACGGGCUGAUGGAGAAAGCUCAUGGCUGGACACCGCGAGCCUUUGCACCAAUGAUCGUCCUGGUGAUUGUUGUGGAAGAAAUUCGAGAGCGCUGCUUUGGAUCCAGCUCGACAUCUGCUCAUGAUGACAAGUACUAUGCCUAUCUGCUGGCACCCAUCUUCGGCGUCACUGGUUCCAUCUCGAUGAAAUGUGGACUGCAAGGCGUGCCCUGGGCAGCCUCUGGAAACAUGCUCAGUGCCGCUUACCAUUUUGCACAUUACCUCCAAGGCUUUGCCGCUGAGGACCUGAAGAAGGCAUUGAUCCCGUUCGGCAUGUGGGUGUUCUUUUUCAUCGGGGUAUUCCUCGGAAACUCUCACCACAGCAGGUUCAGCCUCAUUUGCAUCUCUGUUGCACUGGCGCUGCUCUUCCUGGCCAUGAGUGUGGUUCUGCCCAAGAAGAAGAGACAAUUGGGGCCUGCAUUCGCAGAUCCCUGA